AUGAUGGCUACAAACGGAAAGGAAGCAUGUGGAAUAAAGGGUGACGGGCCAUCGGUGUCUUCAAAUGGCAGCAACGACGUUUUUGCUAACAAGUCACACUCUCCUGUGGUAAACGGAGCAGCAACCGGGACAUCGCCUCACUCCAAGUUGCAGAACGGAGGAGCCGGGAGGUCGGAGGGGUUCUCCUUCAGCCCCAAACCCACCAUUGAGGACAUCAGGCGGAUGCAGGCGGAGUUCACGGACGAGCGGGACUGGAAUCAGUUCCACCAGCCCCGCAACCUGCUGCUGGCUAUGGUUGGAGAGGUGGGCGAGGUGGCAGAGCUCUUCCAGUGGCGGGGGGAGGUGGCCGAGGGCUUGCCGGACUGGACCGAGUCCGAGCGAGAGCACCUGGCACACGAACUCAGCGACGUGUUGAUCUACCUGGUGGAGCUCGCCGAGAAGUGUCGCGUCGACCUUCCCCAAGCGGUGCUUCGAAAAAUGGCCCUAAACCGAUUGAAAUACCCCGCCAGCAAGGUGCACGGAUCGGCCAAAAAGUACACUGAAUACAAGGACUGAGUUUGCGUGUUGAGAGGCACUGACUGCAGGAGCUGCUGUUUAACUAGGGCCUACUUCUGAUAAUUUUAUGCUUUGGUUCUAAAGGCUUUUUUCUGAGUUGACUUGACUAUAUGACUGCUCUUUACUUUUGUGUAUUUUCUGUAAUACACAUUUGUUUGUCUAUCCUGUCAUAUGCAAAGUCACAUUUAGUAGGAAAGGCACUUGAGGAAUACUUUAUGUUGGCUUUUAUUGAGGUUAACUUUCAAAUCCUGUUUUUAGUCUGAUCAUUGAUGUGCCUGAGUGAAUUUGAGGCAAUGCAGAACAUAUUUUUGUUAAGCUGUGCCUUAAGCAAGUAUUUAGUGGAAUUUAUUUCUCACUGCACAUUUUAGAAGUUAUGGUUUGGCUCCAGUUUAGGAGUGUGACGGAGUGGAUUAGAGAGUUGGAGUUGAAACAGAUUAUUAUUAUUAUUGCCCUGACCAUCCCUGACAGAAGAGUAGUUGUGAAUUGAUUGUGUGUUAUCAUGUUUUUGAUUUAUCCUCAUUUCCCAUCGGGGUUGGAUCAACUCAUCUUCUGUUUUGUUCACAUCACAACUGUCACAUUUUUUUCCUGAAGUAAAAGUUGCUUUAAUUCUG